CUGCUUUUGGGUAGGGGGUGGGUGGGGAGGGGCGCGCGGAUCAUGGCAUUGGAGUUCCCGGGCUUGCAGCCGCCGCCGCCGCCUGGUCCACGCACCCCGAGCGCCCCUUCUUCCCCAAAAAGCAGCGGAGAAGGCGAAGCGGCCGGCGGGGGCGAGGCAGAUGGGGCUCAAGGCGCGCAAGGCGGCGGGGGCGGCUGGCGGCGGCGGCGACGGGGGCGACGGAGGCGGCGGGGCCGCUAACCCGGCCGGUGGGGACGCGGCGGCGGUGGCCGGAGACGAGGAACGGAAAGUGGGGCUGGCGCCUGGAGACGUGGAGCAAGUCACCUUGGCGCUUGGGGCCGGAGCUGACAAAGACGGGACCCUGCUGCUGGAGGGCGGCGGCCGCGACGAGGGGCCGCGGAGGACCCCGCAGGGCAUCGGGCUGCUGGCCAAGACCCCGCUGAGCCGCCCUGUCAAGAGAAACAACGCCAAGUACCGGCGCAUCCAAACUUUGAUCUACGACGCCCUGGAGAGACCGCGGGGCUGGGCGCUGCUCUACCACGCGCUGGUGUUCCUGAUUGUCCUGGGGUGUUUGAUUCUGGCUGUUCUGACCACGUUCAAGGAAUACGAGACUGCAUCGGGAGACUGGCUGCUGUUACUGGAGACAUUCGCUAUUUUCAUCUUCGGAGCUGAGUUUGCUUUGAGGAUCUGGGCAGCCGGCUGCUGCUGCCGCUACAAAGGCUGGCGUGGACGCCUGAAGUUCGCCAGGAAGCCCCUGUGCAUGUUGGACAUCUUUGUGCUGAUCGCCUCUGUGCCCGUGGUCGCCGUGGGCAACCAGGGCAAUGUCCUGGCCACCUCCCUGCGGAGCCUGCGCUUCCUGCAGAUCCUGCGCAUGCUCCGGAUGGACCGCAGGGGCGGCACCUGGAAGCUGCUGGGCUCCGCCAUCUGCGCCCACAGCAAGGAACUCAUCACUGCCUGGUAUAUCGGCUUCCUGACACUCAUCUUGUCUUCAUUUCUUGUCUACCUGGUGGAGAAAGAUGUGCCAGAGGUGGGCGCACACGGAGAGGAGAUGAAGGAGGAGUUCGAGACCUACGCAGAUGCCCUUUGGUGGGGCUUGAUCACACUGGCCACCAUUGGCUAUGGAGACAAGACCCCCAAAACUUGGGAAGGCCGUCUGAUUGCUGCCACCUUUUCCUUAAUUGGCGUCUCAUUUUUUGCCCUUCCAGCGGGCAUCCUGGGGUCGGGGCUGGCACUCAAGGUGCAGGAGCAGCACCGUCAGAAGCACUUUGAGAAAAGGAGGAAGCCAGCUGCUGAGCUCAUUCAGGCUGCCUGGAGGUAUUAUGCCACCAACCCCAACCGGAUUGACCUGGUGGCAACAUGGAGGUUUUAUGAAUCAGUCGUCUCUUUUCCAUUCUUCAGGAAAGAACAGCUGGAGGCAGCAGCCAGCCAAAAGCUGGGUCUCUUGGAUCGGGUUCGCCUUUCUAAUCCUCGUGGUAGCAAUACUAAAGGAAAGCUAUUUACCCCUCUGAAUGUAGAUGCCAUAGAAGAAAGUCCUUCUAAAGAACCAAAGCCUGUUGGCUUAAACAAUAAAGAGCGUUUCCGCACCGCCUUCCGCAUGAAAGCCUACGCUUUCUGGCAGAGCUCUGAAGAUGCUGGGACAGGUGAUCCCAUGGCGGAAGACAGGGGCUACGGGAAUGACUUCCCCAUUGAAGACAUGAUCCCCACCCUGAAGGCCGCCAUCCGAGCUGUCAGAAUUCUACAAUUCCGUCUCUAUAAAAAAAAAUUCAAGGAGACUUUGAGGCCUUACGAUGUGAAGGAUGUGAUUGAGCAGUAUUCCGCGGGGCAUCUCGACAUGCUUUCCAGGAUCAAGUACCUUCAGACGAGAAUAGAUAUGAUUUUCACCCCUGGACCUCCAUCUACUCCUAAACAUAAGAAGUCUCAGAAAGGGGCAGCAUUUACCUACCCAUCCCAGCAGUCUCCCAGGAAUGAACCAUAUGUAGCCAGGCCGUCCACCUCAGAAACUGAAGACCAAAGCAUGAUGGGGAAGUUCGUGAAAGUUGAAAGACAGGUUCAGGACAUGGGGAGGAAACUGGACUUCCUGGUGGACAUGCACAUGCAGCACAUGGAGCGGCUGCAGGUGCAGGUCACGGAGCUCGGCCCCGGCCAGGGGGCCGCCUCGCCAGCGGGGGGACAGAAGGAAGAGGACAACAGGUAUUCGGAUUUGAAAACCAUCAUCUGUAACUAUUCUGAGACAGGCCCCCCUGACCUCCCCUACAGCUUCCACCAGGUGCCCAUCGACAAAGUCGGCCCCUACGGGUUUUUUGCACAUGAUCCCGGAGACCUGCCCCGAGGGGGACCCAGUUCUGGAAAGAGUCAGGGGACACUUCCUUCCUCGGUGACAACAUACGCGGAAAGACCCACCGUCCUACCCAUCUUAACUCUUCUGGACUCCCGAGUGAGCUGCCACUCCCAGGCUGAACUGCACGGGCCCUACUCGGACCGAAUCUCCCCCCGGCAGAGAUGCAGCGUCACACGGGACAGCGACACACCUCUGUCCCUUAUGUCAGUCAACCAUGAGGAGCUGGAGCGGUCUCCAAGUGGCUUCAGCAUCUCUCAGGACAGAGACGAUUAUGCCUUUGGCCCCAAUGGGGGUUCGAGCUGGAUGAGGGAGAAGCGGUACCUUGCCGAGGGUGAGACGGACACAGACACGGACCCCUUCACGCCCAGCGGCUCCAUGCCUCUGUCGUCCACAGGGGACGGGAUUUCCGAUUCCGUGUGGACCCCUUCCAAUAAGCCCGUUUAAAAGGGGUCACUGGCUGACUCCUCCUUGUAAUGUAGGCGGACUUUGUACAGUUCACUCACUCUCACACCAGACGCUUACCGACGGGGCCACCAAGGGCUGCAUCAGAUGCAGGCAUGUGCGUGGUGGCCCCCACCCAGGCAGAGGCUUCCACAGCCUCCUUCCUCUCCAUGUUGCCACGACGAAGCACUUCCUUUUCAGCAUGGUUUGCAUGACUUUUCACUAUAUAAAUGGUACCGCUAAUCUCUUCUAGCAUACACUUAUCUGCUCUUCUUACUUUUGAUCAUGAUUGGGCCAGUGCAGGGAGAAAUUAUUGACAAGCUGUGCUAUUCAUUUGGUUGGCUGGUUUGGGUUUUCAUUUGGUAAGCAGAGAAAGGAGUCACGUUAUUUCUAGGAUCAUUGCCCCCUUGUAGAAAACACUCCAGUGAUUAACAUUUUCUAAAGUAAGGAAAUAAUUUUCUCAACAAAAUCACAUUGUGUAUCCAUGAGGCUGCUAACUACAGAGCUAACAUUAGAAAAAAAAAAAAAAUGAGUCAUCACAUCUCCAAAACCAAGAAUUUAAACAAAUACUUUAUUAAGGAAAAACUGGCAGAAUUAUUUAAAAAGCUCUCAAAAAUACCCGAUUUGAUCUGAUAUUGUUCAGUAUCAUGCCUCAGUUUCCUUGUCUGUAAAAGGUGGUAAUUUCAAGUGUAGCAUUUCUGAUGAGUUAUGAAUUGGUAGGGGAAAAAAGUAGAUAGAUGCACACACACGUAAAAUAGUUUCUAAUUUAGGUAGCCAAGGACAAUGGAAUUUGUCAAAAGUAGGGGUGGCCUUCUGGGCAGGAGCUAAAUUCAGUGCCUUGAAAAUGAGGUUCCAGUUCACGUUCCUCCCCGUGACACUUAAGUACAGAAUAUCCACCUAACAGAAAUUAUGAGAGUCAAGAAGGCAUGGAGGAUUAGCUAGCCCAAGCACUUCUUUUUAAAAAUGAGAAAUCCUAGGCUCAGGUAAAGUGACACACAGGGUCACUCAGUUGUCCUGUGGAGAGCCAGGAGUCAAAGUCUGGCCUUCAGAUCCUCCCUUCCCUGGCUUCCCCUCACCACAACACUCCACCAUUUACACAAUGGCGCCAAGAUGCCCAUCCUUUGUGUCAUGUGGUGAGCAUGUACCACAGUUUAUCCAGCAGGAGGUGCAUGUCUGGUUUUAAUGCAAAACAUGCUCACUCUGUGCAUUGUGUUUGGGAUCCAGAAAAAUAACAAUGCAAGGUAGCUACGUUUACCGACAUGCAAAUAGGCAAAAUUUCUAGAACCAUCCAAUGUUAUUCCUCUAUUUCUUAAUGAAAAUGCUAAGACCAUACCUUGCCAUAAGACUAGCUGAAGGGUAAGCAGUCAGCCUGAAGAGCACUGCCCUAGAAUAUAAGCCCAAUAUUAAAGCACAAGCCACCCUGGGGCCUCUUAUGUUACUACUGCUAUCACAAAUUUUGAUGGGAAAGGUUUUUGUUAGACGUGGGCUGAAUUAGCUGAAUGACUACACCACAUUGUUAUCGGCUCACUCCUUUCACACACUCAAGCACUGGUUGUGGGUGGUUGCCAUGGUGACCACCCAGAUGAUUUAAAUGACCUAAACAAAUGACUGCAUGCAACCAACAUCCAUAUUCUUCCUCAAAGUCUUGGCAAGAGCCCCAGUAGCUAUGGCAGGCUGCCCGUGGAGGUUUUGUCAUUACCUAAUGCACUAUGUUGGAAAGAGAAGAUACUUCUUCAGAGACUGGUUCCUUUCAACCCACAGGUACUAAGCAAAAGGCUCAGAAUAUAGGGGUGCUAAGAGCUUGGCCCCUGACUUGAGGAGCUUACAACCAAAGUCUGAAGUCCCUGGCCAAAGGUGAGCAUUGUGAGUGGGAGAAGAGAGUUUUCCACAGAGGGCCAAUGAAGGGAUGGGUGAGGACCUUGAAGUCUGAGAUGAGAAAUACAUAAGAGUGAUCACACACAUUCAAUAUGAAGUGCCUCCCCUGUGGUUUUUCAUUUGACCUUCUGGCAAUCUCAAGGACAAAGGCACAGGUCAUUUUGUCUUCUUCCCCCUCCCUUCAAUACAACUGAAUAAUCAAUUGGGAGCUAUUACCUAAGAAACCCUAUGCCUCUUCCUGGGGUCUUGGUUCUUAAUUCUGGUCUCCCCAGUAUCAUCUUUCAUCAGAGGGGAUUGCACUACCUGCCAUACAACAUAUUGUUAUGUUCUUUGUGUAUUUGAGGUAUUGGAAAUCAUAAAACAAUUCUGGAGAAUGAAUCAAAUUCUCUACAUAUGCACCAAUUAUUUUUCUUAACUUAAAUAUUCUUGCAGAACUUACUAGUUUCAGAAUCUUACAAAUAGAAUUCCAGCAACUCAAAGGAGUUGUAGCUAAAAAGACUUGCCAUGUAUCCAGAUUUAGAAUAACUACCUUUGGUUCUUCUAAUAACCUAGAAAGAAAUGGAACUUGUGCUAUUUUCUAAACCAUAGGUGGGCAGUCCAGCUGCUCUGCUAGAUCAUAAGGCCAGGACAGCGGGGAUUGGGCUGGUGUUGAUCACCAGUAUGUUUGCAAGAUUAGUAAGUUGUCUUUAUCAGUGUGGACACAGACAAAAUACAUGUUUCAUGAAUGAAUAAAUGAUGAGUCUCUUAAGAGCUAUUUUUCCCCCAUCUAAGAAAACAUAAGGGAAAAAGAAAAAUAAUCUUCUGGGAUAAUUCUACUUCCCCUUUUUAUUAAAAAAACAUGCAUUCCAGAAGAGCAAACAAAAUAUACUGAAGUUGCUUACUCAUAGGCAACCUCAACCAACAUGGCUCAGUCAAGGAAACGGAAGUUCAGGGUCUGGGAUUGAAUGAGUUGUGGGAAGGAUCUUCCCCAAAAGAUCCUUUUGUCAGGCAAAGGAAUGGCAUGAUGGAACAAUGCAAAGGAAUUGGUUAAUAACAUGGUCCAAGAUUAUAUAACCUCGGCUAUGCUAGUUGCUAGAGAACUUGCCCAGGAAAUUGCAGUAAUUUUGGCAGAAACCAUGAAGUAGUGACAACUUAAUUCUAUCAUAAAAACUAGGAAUGAUUUUCUCAGGUAAAACUGUGAUCCUAUCAUAUGGGUUUGGUUUCUGUGUCACAGUAUGACAUAAGGAAAAUUUAAGAGUUCAUAUUUUAGCAGGAUCCAAAUGAGUGAAAUAAAUCAACUUUACAAAUGGUAAGUGAAGGGUAAUUCUAAUGGGCUAAAAGAAAAGUACUUGAGAUCAAGUGUGAGUUUUGACUAUUAAAAACCAGCACACAAGCAAACAGCAAAAGUUUAAGAAAAAAAUAUUGGAGGAAAAGAAAAAUAAUUAAGAAACAUUUAUUCAACAACUAUAUUUAUUCUUAGAACUGAGAACUUAGCCUUAUUAGAUAUGACACUGAUAUUAUAAAGCUCUAGUUUUCUUGAAAACCAACUAGAAAACCCCAAGGUUUAUAAGCCAAAGUGAACAAAUCAAUCAACAAUGCUUCCUGUGUCUAUUUUGUGCAAAGCAGUGCCUAGACACUAUAGUUUGAAAACAUUAAUUACUUGUAGAAAAUCCCAACAUAACAGGAUCUACUCAUAAUUUGGCAAAACCAUUCUCGUAUUUCCAUGCUACUAUAAUGAGAGUGUAAUAAUGAAUAAUUUAUUUGUUUAUCCACUUGACAAGGUUUAUUCAUCACCACUGUAUGCCAAGAAUUAUGCAAUGCACUGGAAAUUCAGAGAUUAAGAAAAACCACAGUUUCUGCCAUCAAAAUUUUAGGAAUCUGGUGGCCUCAAAUACUGGAGGUUCCUUCAAACUGCAUCUGAUUUUAUCUCUGCAGACAACUCUAUACAGAAAGGACUGCUUCCUAGCCUGGAAACAAUGGAAAAUUGAACAUGAAAGAAAGCGAGAGUAAAAAUUUUGCACCAAAAUAGUAAUGAUCCCAUCAGUCCAGGGAAGACUGAGUGGGUCAAAUGGGGACUUCAAGUUUGGGUUCAAAACUAUGCAAGAAAGGGGUUCUAGGAUAUCUUGGAGAAAUGAUCUUUCUCCUCCUCUCUAAAUCUCUACCAAGAUCAAGACCAGGCAAGCUGAGUUACUUCCAUUUCAUCAUGUUGACCAAGAGACUAUGGCACAGCAUCUAUCUCAAGAGAGAGAUGUCUUGCAGAUCAAAUCUGCUGGGACAAGAGAAGAAGUCUGACAGUUCUACCAAACAAUCCACAGGAUUCCCCAAACUCUUUGCUUCCCCUGCAGGUGCCUCAUAGCUGGUAUAUACGGUUUUCAUAAAUAUGCUUUCAAGGUACCUAAGAUCACAAGAUUUUCUUUGCUCUCUGAAUCCCACCCAUCCUUAGGAAUUUGCUCUGAAUCCUCACUUGUCCUUGAAGGCUUGCUUAUUUCAAGAUGAACUUUAAAAAGUCUAAGUUCUUUCUUUAUAUCAAAAACAGCCCAGUAUUCUUAUAUUACUGAUGUUACACCAUUCAAGACUGAGCCAACUUGCCCUUAAACUAGGCAGCAGGUAUCCCCUCACCAAUGACCAAGUUAGCAUGUUAAGAGCCAGGUAAUGGCUCUUCUGGAUGGUGUUAAUGUUUUUGGAAGCCAGUGAUGAUACUAUUGAAGAAUAGGAGGAAGCAUUGAAGAAUAGGAGGAAGCACACAGAGAUGACCUAGAAGAAAAUUUGAAUUCAGGACUUCGAAAGUAUUUGAUUCUUCUGUCCUGUUUUGAUUUUCAAAUGAGACAAUCAAAAUACAAUUAAAGCCCCUAGUACAGUAACUGACACAUACCAGGGACUGUUAAUUAUGUUCCUUCUUUUUUUUUUUUUUGUAAGUUUGUGUUGACUCCAUUGUUUCAGUCUUUGUUAUUAUUUAUGAAUUCUAAAUUCACACCAGAAAAUUGUUUUCAGAAACAAUUGUUUUGAGUGGAGGUACAAUCCCAGUUAUUACAUGAAAAUAUCAGGCACUUUCAGAAUUGCUUUUUAAAUAAGUACGUCUCUGCAGAUAAAAAUGUUUACUUUUUCUCAUCGAAAUGGGAAAGAAAAGGAAUGUUGGAAAGAAAACAGCAGGAAUAUUGGGUCCAGUGGCUGAGCUGUGCUGGCCCACUGGACAUACAGUACCAGGUGUUGUAGCAUUCUUCAAAGGAUGGUUUAUUUGUAGGAGGAAAAACCAAAUGGCAGGAAUGAUUAAAUAUGAAAGGGCUCAUAGUUUCAUGAGGAAAGUCAAGUGUGCCAUGAUGGCAUGACACUCUACCAAUGAGUGAAGGAACUUCCAGAAGGAAGAGUUCAAGCUUGCUCAAACCCUGCCUGGGCAGAUUGUUUCUAGUCUUUAAGAGUCUUGACCUCAGCAACCCUGCAGGAGAAUCAUGCUUACUGUUUGAUAUAUUCUCAUAGACACAAGAAGACAGACAUAAUUUCAUAGAUUCUUACAUGCUCAGAGCAAGAAAAGACUUUGGUCACCCAGAACAACCAUGGAUCAAGAAACAGAGGCCCAGAGUGAAGGGAAUCACUCCAAGUCUGUCAGUGAUUGAGCAAGUAAUUGAGUAGCAGAAUGAAUCCAGAAUCCAGGUCUCCUGACUCCUGGUCCAGAGGAGACAAAAACCUAAAAGUAAAAUAGGAAGUGAGAAAAAAGCAUUCCUGUUGAGCCCUGAAAAUUCCCAGCCCAUUUGAGAAACUACUAAGGCAGACACAUUUGGGGAACUUCUUCCCAUCUCUAGAGUGCAUGUAUGAUUGAUGUCCCCAUGCCUUGAAAGAUGAAAAUGUUCCUUCUCCCACAUUCCUGCUGUCUUCAAAAGGCAUAGCAAAACCCCCUGCCUCUGGGUGCACUUGAGAAAGGAAAAGAAGGAGAAUGACCCCAUGGCCAGGAGAGCCCUUCUACCCUCCCCUCCUCUGAUCUCUCCUACUUUGAUCCCUCCUUGUCCUGCCAAGCUUGGACUUGUUCACCUUCUUGGCCCAUGCCUUGGACUCAUUCAGCUCAUGCUUCAAGUUGUAUCCUUAUCUAUAGGCCAAUUAACAGGAUUUCUUUUUAAAAAAUCUCUAAACUAAUAUGUGAUUUCUUUGGGGCUCUAUGUGGCCCCAAGUUUACCAAAGGUGUCCCUUUGUUCUGAGAUCUCUGGGUCUCAUCUGAACCCAGCCUGGUUCCUCUUUCUUUGUCCCAGAGAAUCGCCAUAUGGCCAGCUCAUAGCCAGGUACUUUUAUAGCGCUUUCUCCAAAAACUAAAAAGACAGAAACAGGAUUCAUUUGAUUCAUUUAAGACAUCUUACAUUUGUGUAACUAGGAAAUUAUUUUAGGAAGUAAGCAGGCCUCUGUUGGCUCAAAUGAAGCUCUCCAUAGGUGGUUUCCACUUAUGUUGUGCUUAGGAUAGCUUUGCUAGAAUAUUCCAGGACUCCACAAUGUUCCUUGUUAAACCCAAGGAUAGGAUGUUCAGUCUGCCUGAGUCAGGCUAAACUGACGAGUCCUAAGAGAUAAUCAGGAAGAAGAGUGGCCAAGUUCUUGAACAGCAACAGUUGACGCAGCAAUUGUAAAGGUUGUCAUUCUCCUUAGGUCUCCUUCUUCCAGAUAAAAUUGUUCUGGGUUUAAAGUUAAGUUUCAGGGGGAAAUAAUAAUUUUUGACAGAAUCAAAAAUAGGCUACAUGUAAGAAUAAUUUGAAAAUGGCUUACAAUGAAGCAGUCUAAAGCCUAGCUCAGUCCUCAGGAAUGUACUUGUAAUUCCUCUUAGACGUGUCAAAUGGACUGCAAUUUGAUACCUAAGAAUAAUAAAAAAUGAGAAUAUGUUUUCUUUCAAUGUUCCAUUCCCUUCCUCUGUCUAUAAAACUGAAGUCAGGGAAGGGGAGAGAAACUUGACUCGAAGCUCUCUGGAUUGCAUGUGACAUAACAACUCUCUCUACACUCCAUGCCAUCCUCAUCACAGCCCCAUGAGGGAAAUGUUACUGUCUCUAUCUUACAGAUGAGGAAACUGAAGCUGUGAGGGAAAAGACCUUGUCAAAGGUCACACAUGAUAAGAGGUAGAGCCACGAUUUUAGCCAAAGCCCUUGUACCUGCAAAGCGUGUUCUCCUUCCACCCCCAGCUGAGUCUCCCAGGUCUAUGAAACGCUCCCAGAUCACGCCCCAUGCUCCUCAUCAUGGCUUGCCCUUCUGUGUCCACUCAGCCUUACGGGAAACUGAUCACAGACCCCCAGUUCCCUGGAGAGAAGAGUAGUGCCUGGCUCAGCUGUUCCUCUGAGUGGUUUCACGAUCCAGCUGUCAGUGGCAGAAAAUAAUGCCACAUAAAUUAUUCACCUGGUUCAUGUUGGAAUCCAUUAGCUCUCAGAGUUUGGUGCAGCUGCAGAUAAUCCCACAAGCACCCCUUGUUCUUUGCCCCCAAGGACCUCUUGUCAUUGUCUUUCACCAACAAGUUCAAAUAUCUCCUCCUCAGCUCUGCUGACUCUGGUCUUUUGUCUCCGGACUGUACCUUUAUUUCAGGGCUUUGAAACCCUGAAGAGACAGGCCAGUCUAUAAAAACAUUAUCCGUUUUCAUUUCAGUUCAGUUCAGAACAGUUGUGUCUCUCUUUCUUGAUAUUAAAAGACCAAGGUUCCUCAUGGAAGCCAACCUGACCAGGUAAUUGUGCCCUUUUUUAUUCCACUGAAUACUGAAUAGCCGAGUGAGGGGAGGGCAGCUCCACCCUCCAAAGUUCCCCUGAGGGUUGUGUGGUCCAAGAUUGGGGCAGCUAUUCUGUUAAAACUCAGACAUUUUGCUGUUGAAGACGUAAAGUUGGCUGUGCCCCAUCCUGAAAAAUCGCCUUGGAAAGACAGGUGAACAUCAUCAAAUAAGUCAAUCCUUUCUUGUCUUAAAGAGAAAAACGACAGCGACCUUGUUUCAGAUGGGAUAUGGCUAUUUUUUUUUUCAUUUUCUAAUGUAGAAAUGAUUGAAGAACACCAAUCAUUGAAGAAAAAAAUCGAGGUUUCCAGUGAUGUGAAUCCAUUGUAUUUGAUUUUGGGUUGUAUUUUCUUUGACCCCCUUUAUGGCAUAGAAUUCUGGUGCCUUGCUCCCUGGAUUUGUCUCCGUGCUCUGAGUAGGCUUUCUUUACAUUCUGGCUUACAGGGGAACACAACUAUUCCACAAGUGGCCUUUAGUGCUCUUUAUAAUAUGAUUUCCUGUAAUUUUUAAACUGUACGUGUAAUUUAUAUUCUGGCUUUGUCCAAUAUUUGAACAACUUUAAUAGGUUGAUUUCCAUACAUAUUAUGCAAACAAUUCUUACCUGAUUUUUUAUGUUCUAUCUUAAAUAAAUAUUGCACCACUUAUUAAUAAAUAGACAUUUCAGUG